AUAUAAUGGUAUAAUUUUUAAUUAUCCUUUCUAAACAAUAUUCUUUGCCAGCAGUUUUGAUGAUCGGGUAUUUAUAUUUUAUCAACCAAAGAAACUAUCGGUUAACUACCCAGCGCGGUAUGAGAGAUUUCGGUUAAAGUUUUUAUGAAUUUCUUAAGACCGUAUUGACAAUAUUUUUAUUGACCGUAUUUUCAACCCCUUCUUACACAUAGCGUUUAUGAGUGUGUGUAUGUCCGUUUCCAAGCAUAUUCUUUUAUCGUAUUUGAGUAUCGGUUGCCUUGAGAUGCUCGCAUUAAAUAAUUGUCAUACGCAGAUAUCCGAGUACCCAGCCAAUCCUGACACUAUGAUGGAACUAUGGUGAAUGCCGCUAGUUGAAGAAGAAGAAAUCGCUGUAAUUAUAGAAAAUAUUUAUUUUGUGCGGAUGAGUUAACUUUGUUGUGGCCAAUUAAUUGAGUAAUGAUUUGAGAAUAUUUAAAAAUUUAUGCAUUUAAUAGAUUGGAAAGUGUUCAGACUGAUUGUUAUUGAUUAAAGCGCAGCAGAUGGAUUUUACAAAGCUAAAAUCGAAUUACUACUUUCUUGAUGAUAAAGCAUACACAGAAGAUGAUCUACUCGUCUAUAAUGUCACAGCUUAUCAAUUGCAUGGCAAAGUCACCGAAUUAGAACUCCGCAAGUACUUUUCGCAAUUCGGCGAUGUGCUCAAAGUGUAUUUGCAACGUGAUAAAUAUGCAACCGGCACUGCGGAACCACCGAUCGGUGUGGUGCAUUUCGCGCACCCGCUUGCGGCAGCUAGAGCGCUGCAGCGUUUCUCGCAUGAAUUACAAAAGAAGCGUUUCUUUGUGAAUGCAUGUGAGAGUUGGGAGCAACCGGAAGCUUAUAGAGGUGGCGUAGACUUCAACACACGUAUUGCUGCGCUCAAUCUAAAUGGUGAUCUGAUCGAUUUUUAUACAACUAUGCGCACCAAUAUCUUGCAACUAAAUGAUGAGUGUUUAGAGACCAUAUGCCUUUAUCUGCCAUUACGUGAUCAAAUACGCUUUUCACGUGUCUGUCGGCGUUUUCGUGAUAUUUUUAAGCGCAUUUGCAAGUGCACAGCGAAAGUUUUCAACAUGAAUCAAUUAAUCGGCAUGACAUUAUGGGAUAUACGUGAAUUUUUUGAAAUGGCUGGCGCUAAUAUUGAAGAAUUGUUUGGUGCAGUGCCUUAUAAUUAUCAAGAUCGCAUAGACUUUAUAAGCGAACUAAGUCCACGUGUGCGACGUGUCGAUCUGAAUUGCAAUAAUGUGGAAUCCGCUAGUUUGUUGCGCUUUCUAGAACAUUUCCAUGCAGUUACCUAUGUGGAAUUGCACAAUUUUUCGCUGAACGACAACUCUCUGCUUGCCUUAAGAAAACUGCCGAAUUUGCGUGCGCUGAUACUCGAUCAGAGUUUCGAACUGACAGGCAAAAAUCUGAGUAAAUUAUAUCAGCUGCACGAGCUUAGCCUUUUUGGUUGUGAAAAUUUGCAGACCAGCCAUUUCAUCGACAUCUGCAAGUGCUUAUUUAAUUUGCGUUGCCUUGACAUACGCCACUGCAAAAUGCUUACAUCGCGCGCUUACAGCGAAAUGGUGCGCAACUGUCGUCAAUUAGAGCAGCUAAAAAUAUCCUGUGAAAAAGAGGUGAACUACGAUUGUGUAGCACAAUUGCACGCACUGCGUCAACUUUCAGUGCACUCAUUUGGCGCGGUGCGCGAAACGUUAUUCAUUGCGCUAGCUGCACACAAGACGCAGCAGCUGGAGAAACUCGAGAUAUCAGCAAGAAAUUGCAUCACACACGAACGUGCCAUUUACCUAUCAAGGUUGCAGCAAUUGCGCAGCCUAAUCUGCCCAAAUAAUGACAAUCUAACCGAUGAGUGUCUCUUUGAGUUUGCCGAACGCCUCAAAAAGUUGGAGCAGCUUGACAUUAGAAAUUGUCGCGCCAUAACAAACAUUGGCGUUUUGGUGUUGUUGCGUCGCUGUCCACAGCUAAAGCUUGUUAACAUCGAACAUUGCGAGGGUAUAACAGAUGAUUUUGUAUUUGAUGCCUGUGAUGUGCUAAAGCAAGGUGGACGCGCUUAUGCGGAGCCAGUGCUAUUUCGCGUGGCGUGCACCAGUGUGCACGAAAUCGUUGUGCAGGAUUUACCGCAGCUAGAAGUUGGCCAUUUGUUACAAUUUUCCUUCGUGGAAGAGUGCUCCUAGUGCCCUGCUGGCACGUUUGCAAACAUGCAAGCGUAUGACCAAAGAAUUAUAAAAUAAUACGUGUCGUCUAACAAAGAAAAAAGAAAAAAAAUCAAAUACAUAUGUAUCACGUUAUUCACGGUAAAUGCAUUUAAAAGACAUUUGAAUUAACACAUUAAGAAAAUUUUAAUAAGCGAAAAUCACCGAGACGCACAACGCACAUACGACAGCGAAAUACGCAAAGCUACGUAAGCAAUUCUGUUGAAAUUUACGUAUGUUUUUCAAUUGUGCACAAUUUUUUGUGUGUUAAAUUGUUUGUUUUGAAAAAAAAAUCAGCAAUAUUUAGUUUUUAAAAUUGAUAAACAAAUAUUUAUAUUUCAAAUUAUUGUAUGUGCCACAAAAUUGUUACAUAACGCUUUAAAUUAAUUCUAAGCGUGCAAUGUUAAUAUUGAUAUUUUGGCUUAACUGUUUAUUAUUAAAUUAAUGCAUACAAAGCGCUAAAACGUGCUCACAAUUAUUAAAUAAACAUAAAAAAAAUUAUGUUAGCUGCGUUUGCUAAACAUACACAGUGCAUAAAUUAAUAAAAAUAAAUAAUUAUUUUCGAACAAAACUAACCUAUAAUUUUUGUGUGCAAUUCGCAACUAUUUUAUGUAACAAUUCCACGCCCAUAUAUUACAAAACGAUAUUCUGUAAUGUUAUUUUAAAACUCAUAUGCAAUAACGGCAUAACGGUACAUAGUAAAACUGCAUGGUAAUACUCUAAAAGCAAAUAAUAAAACUAUAAAUAUAACAAUAAUUAUUAUGUCAAAUUUUCAAAAGCAAAUUUUGAUAUUUUCAAUAAAAAAAAAUUAAAAAUAUAUUAUAUACUUAUAGUAUACAUAGAUAUUUGUCGCGUAGGCAUAAAAUGCGUUUUAGAUAUUAAUAAAUUUCUGCAUGCGUAUUAUACUAUCUAUAAUAUAUAUAUUAUUAUCUAUUGUAUUUUUACUAGUCAAUAAGUGUUACUGUCUUUUACAAUAUUUACAUUAUAAUUACCGAUAUUGUAUAUUUUUCUGAAUUCAAAUAAAUCGAUGAAUAAUAC